AUGGCGACACUCCAGACAGCCAUCAAGGGCGAUCCUUCUGCGACCGCUGUCAUCGUUCCCUCCCGUCCGCACGCCUUGACGGUCACCUACUCGUCCCUCGCCAGCCAAGUGUCCCGGUUCCAGCAACAGCUCGCCUCUUUAGGCAUCACGACGGCAUCACCCGUGUCAAUUGCCCUGCCCAACUCGUGGGAGUUUAUCGUCGCGUUCCUGGCCGCCAGCUGGCAACGUGGUAUCGCCGCACCGCUCAAUCCAGCCUACAAGCAGGACGAGUUCGAAUUCUACAUUGAAGAUGUGCAGUCCGACCUUGUGCUUGUGCCGCAGGGCGCGUGGAACGCCAAGGCAGCCAGCGUGCGGGCGGCGCAGAAAUUCGGUUCCGCCGUCGCCGAAUGCUACUGGGAUGGCAAGCGAGGGGAAGUCGUCCUCGACGUGAAGCACAAGGGGAAGCUCCAGGGGAAAAGGGAAAAGGUCCUGAGAGCACAGCCGGAUGAUGUCGCGCUCAUCCUCCACACUAGCGGCACCACGUCGCGCCCCAAGGUUGUGCCCUUGACGCAUAGGAACCUGACCAGGACAAUGGGCAACAUCAGAGACACGUACCAGCUCACGCCCAGGGACCGGACCAUGCUAGUCAUGCCUCUGUUUCACGUCCAUGGUCUUCUUGCUGCGUUGCUCGCGCCUUUGCACACCGGCGGCUCCAUGGUUGUGCCGGCCAAGUUCUCGGCCACCGACUUCUGGAGGGACUUUACCACACACAAGGCCAACUGGUACACGGCGGUGCCCACCAUCCACCAGAUCCUGCUUCGCAACCCGCCGCCGGAGCCCAGGCCCCAGAUCCGUUUCAUUCGCUCCUGCUCCAGCCCGUUGUCGCCCACAGUGUUCCACCAGCUCGAGAAGACGUACAAUGCACCCGUGCUGGAGGCAUAUGCCAUGACUGAAGCAGCCCACCAGAUGACGUCCAACCCGCUCCCUCCUGCCAAGCGCAAGCCCGGUUCUGUAGGCAUUGGUCAGGGCGUCGAGGUGAAGAUCCUGGAUGGACAAGGUGCGGAGCUCGCGCAAGGCAAGGAGGGCGAGAUCUGCGUGAGGGGAGAGAACGUUACAAAUGGCUAUCUGAACAAUCCCAGCGCGAACGCGUCCUCAUACACGACGGAAGGAUUCUUCCGGACGGGUGAUCAGGGCAAGCUGGACGAAGACGGCUACGUCAUCAUCACCGGCCGCAUCAAGGAGCUCAUCAACAAGGGAGGCGAGAAGAUCUCCCCAAUUGAGCUGGACAACGUACUCACACGCCACGCCCAGGUCGCGGAGGCCGUCUCCUUUGCCAUCCCAGACGAGGUGUACGGCCAGGACAUUGGCGUGGCCGUGGUGCUCAAGUCUGGCGAGCAGCUGGAUGCCGCGACACUCAAGGGAUGGGUGGCCGAAAAGGUGGCCAAGUUCAAGGUCCCGAAGAACGUGUAUUUUACAGAGAUCAUGCCCAAGACGGCCACGGGCAAGAUCCAGAGGAGGAUUGUCGCCGAGACGAUGAUGAAGGCCUCCAAGGCGAAGCUAUAG